AAUAUGAUGCUCUCCUUCACCAUAGUAUUCUUCACCUUGCACCUUCUCAGAGGAAGCCUGUCCCUCAAUGUCAAUGACUGUUUAUCUUAUUUUAGACCGCCAGACUACAAUGACAUUGCUGUAUCCUGUGGGGCGUACUCCAUUGAGCUGGCUGUACAAGUCUGUCCAGUUGUCUACUCAGGAUACAAUGAGACUCUCUUAGUCAUGAACAACCUGAUUACGGACCCUAAUUGCAAGGGGAAGCUCGACAUGACCACAAAUCCACCAGUUCUCAGAUUCAACUUCUCUCUCAAUGAAAGCGGCAUUUGUGGAAGCAGUUAUAAGAUAACAAGUUCUCCUGGUACCGGAAUUUUCCAAGAUUUUUCAAACAUUCAGAGUGUAAACAUCAGCGGCGUAAUUCAGUCUACUGAUCCAAACACUGGCGUUGUGACUUACAAUCAACAGCUUCUGUACCUUUACUCCUGUACAUACCCUCUGGAGUACAUUAUUAACAACACAAGGAUUGAUGUCACUGGGGCCACUAUUGCUUUGAAAGACAACAAUGGUACUUUUGUCACUACUUUGAGUCUCCAGCUUUUUAGCGAUGCAAACUAUACAACCUUCCUUGAAAUUCCACCCCGAGGAAUCAAUUUAAGAUCUCCAAUUUAUGUGCAAGUCAAGGCCACAAACCUAACCAGCAAGUUUAAUGUACUACUUGAUCGCUGCUACGCCUCAGUUUCUCCAUACCCUUCAAGCUCAAAUGCAGCUUACUAUGAUCUCUUUGUUACAUGUACCAAACAGGAGUUGGUCAACAUAUAUGUUAAUGGUAAAAGCCAAUAUGCCCGGUUCUCUUUCCCUGCAUUCCGCUUCACAGAGCAAAGAAAUUUAACCACCUCCACUUACUAUUUACACUGUAUCACCCGACUUUGUGACACCAAUGACUGUGCUAACUUGCAAAAGUGUAACCGGAAAAGAAGGGCCGCACCAGAACUUACUACAACCUUGUCUCCAGCACUGUUAAAUGAACCUUCCACUGUCACUUCCAAUCCAAUCACUACUAGUGCUGAAAAUGAAAUGAAUGACGCAGCCUGGAGUCAUGCUUCUGCCAUAUCACUCGGCUUAGGAAUAGCUGUGGGAUUCCUCUCCUUUAUCUUUAUCGUGAUGAUAGUUAUCACUUACUUUCUUUACACAACAAGAAAUCAAGAAUCUGGUCUUACAAAAAUAAUGAAUAACUGAAGAAUUCAUGAUCUAGUUUUUAUAGUUUCUCUCUCUCUGUUUUAAACUACAGUAGCUGUUAAAUUUCACAUUGACACUGGGCUGAGGUUCUGGAUAAUAUUACAGAUACAUUAUGUCAGAAAAUAUUAAGUACAAUUUUAUUCUAAUAAAAUGCUUUUAAUGUGCUUAUUAAAGAAUAGUAUUUUAUUCUAUAACUAGUAACACUGCCAAGUUUUCUGAACUUUUUAAAACAUUUGUAUAUACUUUAAUAGUUAUUCAAGAAAAAAUAAAAUUUGCAUCUUAAGUU